UUAUAGCUAUUGUACCGAUGAAUUAGUUUCUGUAAAGUGGCGCUGUUGUCAACGUCGGCGCGAUAGCUCUGAGGCUAUCUUACCGAUAGUCGGUGUAAUAGACACUGCCUAAAAGUAAAUAUAAACAAAAACUGAUAUCAUAGCGCAAAUGCGCUUCAAUUAAUUUUUGUCAUUAUUAAUUGCUAUAUUACUACUUACAUUCUGGUUUAAAAACCAAUAAAGUUUUUCGUAUCGAGAAUAGUGUUAGUAUAACAUCAUUAAAGAUAAAAGAAAAUGAUUUUAUCUACUUUUGUUAUUUUGCUUGAGAUACAACGUUAGAAUUGUUUCUCUGGUAGAGUUCUACUUUCUGCUUGGAGCCUUUAUCGUUUGAUGGGUGUACAAAGUUCUUCCAUGUCUUAUCAAGAAUUGGAGCAAGGUUACCAAGGGUUGAAGCAGAAUCGACCAUUUUUUUAUAUCGGAGAAGAUGAGUAUUCUUUGUCUCAAAAAUUGAUGAGGGAGGCUGAUAAGGGUGCUGAAGAUGAUGAAUUGUGUGAAGGCAAGCAAGUUCUUGUUGGUAUAUGUGCGAUGUCUAAAAAAUCUCAAUCCAAGCCAAUGAAAGAAAUUCUGACUCGCCUCGAGGAGUUUGAGUACUUGAAAACGGUUGUCUUUCCUGAGGAAGUCAUUUUAAAUGAGCCUGUUGAAAAAUGGCCUCUUUGUGAUUGCCUAAUCUCAUUCCAUUCCAAAGGAUUUCCUCUUGCAAAAGCUGUAGAAUAUUCUAAUCUUCGGAAACCAUUCAUCAUAAAUGAUUUAUUUAUGCAAUAUGACAUUCAAGAUAGGCGUAAAGUAUAUAGUAUUUUAGAGAAUGAAGGAAUUGAGCUUCCGAGAUACGCUGUUUUAGACAGGGAAUCAGAUCUUCCAUCAGGUAUGCUAAGAGAAUUGGUUGAGAGUGAAGAUCAUGUGGAGGUGGAUGGAGUGAUAUUCAACAAACCCUUUGUGGAAAAGCCGAUAUCUGCCGAGGAUCACAAUAUAUACAUCUACUAUCCAACAUCUGCCGGUGGUGGAAGUCAAAGAUUAUUCAGAAAAAUUGGCAGUAGAAGCAGCGUUUAUUCUCCUGAGAGCAGAGUUAGGAAGUCAGGGUCUUUCAUUUAUGAAGAAUUUAUGCCUACAGAUGGUACUGAUGUUAAGGUUUACACUGUUGGACCUGAUUAUGCGCAUGCAGAAGCUCGAAAAUCCCCUGCUCUAGAUGGCAAAGUUGAAAGAGAUAAAGAAGGAAAAGAAGUUAGAUAUCCUGUCAUUCUAAGCAAUGCUGAGAAACUUAUUGCUAGAAAAGUCUGUUUAGCUUUUAAGCAAACUGUGUGUGGUUUUGACCUUCUGAGAGCGAAUGGAAAAUCUUACGUUUGUGAUGUGAAUGGCUUUAGUUUUGUUAAAAAUUCAAUGAAAUAUUAUGAUGAUUGCUCUAAAAUUCUAGGCAAUAUGAUUUUGAGAGAACUUACACCUCAAUUGCAUAUACCCUGGUCCAUGCCAUUUCAACUAGAUGAUCCACCCAUUGUUCCAACCACUUUUGGAAAAAUGAUGGAACUACGGUGUGUCAUUGCUGUUAUAAGACAUGGUGACAGGACACCAAAACAAAAAAUGAAAAUGGAAGUCAAACAUUAUAAAUUUUUUGAAAUAUUUAAAAAAUAUGGUGGGUAUAAAGAUGGACAUGUAAAACUAAAGAAGCCUAAACAACUACAAGAAAUUUUAGACAUCUCUAGAUUUUUAUUAAAUGAAAUUGAAAUGAAAAGAACAGAUCUUGAAAUAGAAGAAAACAAGGCAAAGCUUGAACAGCUGAAAGCCGUUUUAGAAAUGUAUGGCCAUUUUUCUGGUAUUAAUCGCAAAGUACAGUUGAAAUACCAGCCAAAAGGAAGACCUCGGCGCUCCAGCAGUGAUGAAGAUACUCCGAGAGAACCAUCUCUUGUACUUAUCCUGAAGUGGGGUGGUGAAUUAACGCCCGCGGGAAGGGUUCAAGCAGAGGAAUUAGGGCGUGUCUUUAGAUGUAUGUACCCUGGUGGACAAGGUGAAUAUGCUGGUACACAAGGCUUAGGACUAUUACGACUGCACAGUACUUAUCGCCAUGAUUUAAAGAUUUAUGCUUCUGAUGAAGGAAGAGUACAAAUGACUGCUGCUGCAUUUGCAAAAGGUUUACUGGCUCUUGAAGGAGAAUUGACUCCCAUCUUAGUGCAAAUGGUUAAAAGUGCAAAUACUAAUGGUCUUUUGGACAAUGACUGUGAUUCUAGUAAUUACCAAAACAUGAUCAAGCAAAGACUUCAUGAAACAUUGCAAAUUGACAGAGAAUUCUCCGAAGAAGAUUUUGAAAAGUUAAACCCAACCAAAGCUAGAUCAAUACACAAUGCUCUUCAGUUCAUCAAAAAUCCUGUUAAGGCUUGUGAACACGUUCAUGACUUGAUACAGCAGCUGAACUUAUUGAUUAAAAAAAAGAAAGAAGAUCCUCGAUUGCAAGAGGCUCCUUUAUAUCAUGGAGAAACAUGGGAUUUAAUGCAGAGAAGAUGGUCCAAAUUAGAAAAGGAUUUUAAACUGAAGACUGGAAAAUUUGAUAUCAGUAAAGUUCCAGACAUAUAUGACUGUAUAAAAUAUGACCUUCAACAUAAUCACCACAAUCUUCAGUUUCCACACGCAGAAGAACUAUAUAUUUAUGCUAAAGCUUUAGCUGAUAUAGUCAUACCUCAGGAAUAUGGAAUCAAUCAACAUGAAAAACUAACAAUUGGACUUGGUAUAUGUACUCCAUUGUUAAAAAAAAUCAGGGCUGAUCUUCACAGAAACAUUGAUCCCACAGCUGAUGAGACGGAAAAUGUAAACAGACUCAAUCCUAUGUACUCACAUGGUGUCUCCUCACCUGAAAGGCAUGUUAGAACACGUCUUUAUUUUACCAGUGAAAGUCACAUUCACUCACUGUUAACAGUCUUACGUUAUGGUGGUUUACUUGAUCAGUGGCCAGAACCAUGUUCAUUGUGCAGUUGCUUACCAGAAGACAUUGAAGAUGAACAGUGGAGAAGAGCUAUGGAAUAUGUUAGUGCUGUUUCAGAACUUAAUUAUAUGACUCAAGUCGUCAUCAUGUUAUAUGAGGAUCCAACUAAAGACAUAUCUUCUGAAGAAAGGUUCCAUGUAGAGCUUCAUUUUAGUCCUGGUGUUGUUUGUUGUGUACAAAAAAACUUACCUCCGGGUCCAGGCUUCCGACCUCAGUCUCGAAGUGGGCCAAAGGAAAGGCUUAAUUGCCCCAUGAUAAUGAUGAGUGGGGAGAAACACACGCCAGGCUGCAGCUAUGACUGUGAGAAACAUGCCCGAAUUGAUGAAGAAGAUGAUGAUCUCACUUUAGAAGAAGAAAAUUAUCAAGAUAUUGGAAGUGAUCCAGAUUCACCUACUAUUCUUGAAGAAAAUGAAGUGAAGGAUGAAAAGAAGAUAAAUUCUAGUCGAUCUAAACCAUCUGAACCUAUUCCUAUUCAAAAAACAACCACUAAAGUUACUACUAGUCUUCCACAUAAGCCUUGUGUGAUAAUGAAAAGCAGCAGCGACUCAUCUCGCCCUAGAAGUCUUGAUAGUGAGAGUAAACAAACAAAAGCAGACAAAGACAGUCCUCAUACUCAGAGCUUAGAAGAUGUAUCAUCUGUAAAUACAAAAUUACAAGAACGUCGUGAGAGCUUUCAGCAUAGACAUUCAAUUCCAGGGCAGCUGAGUUCAUACCUGAGAAUGUGUAGCGCUGCAGACCUUCCCAAAGUAUAUGGUAAAUAUUUUUGCUCCACUUCUCGACUUCACUGCUUUUCAGGUUCAACGAAUAGUUUGUUUAGUACUGCUGUUAUAAGUGGAUCCUCUAGUGCCCCAGAACUUAAAAAUGCAGUCCCACCUUCAUCUACGGAUGGUUAUUGCAAUGUGCCUACUAUUCGCCCCCUGGAGACUCUUCAUAAUGCUCUGUCUCUAAAGCAGUUGGAUAGUUUCCUGGAACGCAUGACCAGUGCCUCUUUUCGUAUGUCUCUUCAGACCAUGUGUAAAUUACCCACAUCUUCAUCAGCCUCAUCUGGCAACUCAUCCACAUCUCAACCAUCUGCCUUACCUAUUGUAUCUCCUUCUAAUAGUAUUUUAUGGAGCGGCCCCCCAUCUUUUGUAUCAAGUAGUGGACCGUCAUCUCCAAAUUCAUCAACUCUUGAUAUUUGGGCUCGAUGGCGCCAAAUGACCGAAGUGGACUCUGUUCUAGAUUUCUCAGGUCCUGGAAGUCGUAGUAGCCUCAGCAAUCCCCCUUCCCCACAUGAUCCUUGCUACUACAACAACAGUCUAUGACAAAUUUUAAGUCGUAGACAAACAUCUCUGUAGACUGAGCUCUUAAGAUGUAUUUGAAUCUCAAAUUGAUUAUCCUAUUACUGGGAUCUAAAUUAUUUUUUAAUGAUUUAGCCUAGUUGCUCUUUUAUUUUCAGAAAUUACUAGCACACGGGUGAUGUUUCUGAUCACAUAUUGAAUAUGUGAAUAAUCGGUCAGAUUUAUUGUUUUGAAAAAUUUACAUAAAUUACAUUUGAAAUAUAAUAUUUCAAAUUCAAUUUAUUUAUUUGUCAUUUUUAUACAAAAAUACUGAUGCUCUCAUUACUUAUUUAGUGGAGAUUUAUGUGAUCGAGAAAAAUUUUAACUAAUUCUUGAAAAUUAUUCCGUUAUAAUCUUAUCUUCUGUAAAACAGAUAGUUCCUGUAAAAAGUGAACCAAAAAAAGAAUUAAGAUUGUGUUUGUUGUAAGUCAUUAUAGCUGUAUUAAUUUAUUUAAAGCAAUCUACAUAAACUACAGAUUGCUAAAGCAGUAUUAUUUUUCUGAUCAGUGAGUUUUAGCAUUUAUUUUUAGAGAUAUAAUUCACUUUCAUGUUUUUUAGUGUAUUAAAAAAAAAGCCUUUUCUUUUUGUUUGGAACACGAUGUAGGGAUUUAUGUAUUAUCUCUUUGGUGGUUUAAUUUUUAGAAAAAAUUAUUCAAAUUUAUCUUUGUUACAAGUAUUUAUCAUUAGUUUUAUGUGAUUUAGACAAUGAUAGGUUACCUACUAUAUAUAAUUGGUAUAGAAAACUAUGUUAUUAUUCAGUCAGUAGUAUUUUUCCGCUUUGAUAUUUUUUAUGAAAAUAUGCAAUGAUUUAAGAACUAUUCAUACUAAAACUCUUUAGUAAAAGUAAGAACUGUUAGCUUUUUUCCUUAUAUCACAAUUAAUUUUUAAUUCAUUAGUUUUUACAUCAUAUUUAAACAUGGAUGGGAAAAAAAGAUAUUUUUUUAUGGAUUCUUUUGUAAACCCAAAAAUUUUAUCUAAAGUUUGAUUUUAUUUAAUUUCAGAAGGGUUAUUUCUAUUAUUACAUGCAGAGAAAACUAAAUUUAAAUAAUAAUAGCUUUUAGUCAAUUUAAUUCUCUAAGUUUAAUCCAAAUAAAAAAAAAUUUAAAAUUUUAUCAAAAAAGCUGCUAUAUUUAUAAGAAACAAAUAAGCAUUUUCUUCAUUCUAAGACAAGGAAUUUGUUGAGAAAUCACAAACUUUUCUACUAUCAGCAGGUGUUAGUGAUAAUGUAUUUUUAUGUCAUGAUAAGGGUUGCAUGUGUGUCGACCAAUUGCCUAAAUUCAGUUUCAAAAAAAGAAUCAUAUGUUUAACUAGUUGGUGUAAAUUGAUAAAGUAAGCCAUUUUUAAGCGUUUUCUUGUUAAGUUUUCUACAGUGCAUAAAAUAAGAAAUGGAACAACUUUUGAUAAAUGAUUGGAUUUUCAUCGCCCGAGAAGCAAUCAUAAUGAGCCAAAGGACUAACGUUAAAUAGAGAGAAAUAUUUGUGCAGCAUUUUAAGUAAUGAAAUUAGGGGAACGCCAAUUUUUCAUAAAAUAAAAUAAUUGUGUCUGACUUUGUAAUUUAAAUAUCAUCUGCAUUAAUUAAAUAGUGUGCUUAUUUAAUAGCUUAGCCACUAUAACCAUUAAAAUAGAAUCUUUGUACAUGGAAAUCUGAAAACUGGAUCAAAAGUUAUUAGUUUUUUUUUUUUUUUUGUACACUGUACAUUGCAGCUUUUAUUUUCAAUAAAUACUUACUCAGGUUUAACGAGCAAAAUGUCUUGGUCUCUACAUUCUAAUUUUAACAAUCGUCGCCUUAUUGACAGUUUGCAGUACAACUAAUAUUUCGGCAAAACCAACCAGAUUUACCAAAACAACUUAUUUCUAAAUCUAAAAUACAAUAAAGCUGUCUUUUUUUUCUCCCCUCCUAGCUACUUUGGCAUAUAUGUAUGUAAUACAUAGCAUGAAACGAAACAGGCAAUUGAGAACAAAAAAGAACAGUCAUUUUUCAGCUAUUAUCAUUGUAUUUAUUGUCAUUAUCUUUUUAUUGUAAUUAUACUUAAUGUUUAUAAGUAUAAUUAGUAAGUAAUAUUAGUUCACUAAGCAUUUACCAUUAAAUUUUUUGUACAGAUUUCUUAAUCAAAUUUGAACUGAGAGUUUUGUAAAUAAUUAUAUUGCAGUUAUUAAUCUAGUCCUACUUUGAUAAACUAAUUUCUAAACCAAUUUACCACUGAUUAUAAAAUGUCAUUUUUACUGUGCAUUUUUAUCUUAUAUUUACCUCAUUUCACUUAUUUGUAAUUCUAAUAUAAACAUGCAUCUAAAAUGUUCCUUAUUCAAGAUAUUUUUUUGUUACAUGUUAAUUCUGCAUGAAAAGUAUUAAAAUUACUUGAAUGCAUUAUAAUAGAUGUGUUUUUGUACUUGUAUAAUAUCUGAAAUCCUUGUUGUUCACAAAUUUUGAUUUAAUGAUAUUCAAUGAGCUUAUGUAGUUAAUGAUGAUGAUUAUUGAAUAUGUUCUGUAGUCCGAAAUUAUUAUUUGCAAUAGAAAAAUUGGUUUAUUUAUAAUGCUAUGGAAGAUUUGUGUACUUACUAUAUGUUGCCUAGUAGUCAACAUAUUGUUUAGAUGAUAUGAAAAUAUAUCAUUUACAUUGAGUAUUAAAACUGGGAUAGCAGAUCUUGUCCUAAUGUGAUAAAAAUAAAAUGUUUAAGAAA